AUGGGUAACGAGGCGUCUACUCCGAUAGAUGAUAGUGUAUCACCAACAACACUCAAAAGCCGUACCCUCGAGUCUGUUGCCAAAUACAUUCUUGAGAAGGAUGCUCGAAAAAUAGUUGUCCUAACCGGUGCAGGCAUUAGCACGUCUGCUGGAAUUCCAGACUUCAGAUCACCAGAAACAGGAUUAUAUUCAAAUCUUGCCCAUCUGGAGUUACCGGACCCAGAAGCAGUAUUUAGUAUCACCUUCUUUCGAGAAAAUCCAGUUCCUUUCUACACCCUAGCCAAGGAACUUUAUCCUGGCCGGUAUAGACCGACAAUAGCGCACUCAUUCAUCACCUUACUGCAUAAAAAGGGCCGCCUAUUAAAGAACUUCACGCAGAAUAUCGAUUGCCUAGAACGGGAAGCAGGUCUUCCUGGCGAAAUGGUCAUUGAUGCCCAUGGAAGUUUCGCAUCUCAGCAUUGCAUCGAUUGCAAAAGCCACUAUCCUGAUGACCUCAUGAAAGAGGUCGUUGCGAGAGGCGAAGUACCACAUUGUCAAACCCCAGAAUGCAACGGACUUGUCAAGCCUGAUAUUGUGUUCUUCGGUGAAGCCCUACCAGGAGCUUUCUUCGAAAAUCGUGAAUUACCUGCUGAGGCGGAUUUAUGUAUUGUCAUGGGUACGAGUCUGACUGUGCAGCCAUUUGCGAGCUUGCCGAGUUUCUGUCGAGACGAAACACCUCGUCUACUUAUCAAUAUGGAGCAAGUUGGCGGUCUGGGAUCUCGUGCGGACGAUGUGUUGCUCUUGGGUGACUGCGACGAAGGGGUUCGCAAACUAGCUAAGGCUCUCGGUUGGCUGGAAGAACUAGAAGCGUUAUGGGAAGAAACCAAUCCGAACAAGGAAGACCGGGAUCUAGAAACAGCGCCGAAAAAGACUCGCGAUGAACGGCUGCUUGAUGAGGUUGAGCGUCUCACAGCAGAUGUUGAUCGGACUUUGCACGUCUCGAGUGCGCAUCAGAAUCAUACCCAGAAGUACUUGGAGAAACAUCUGGCGAAACAGCUAGCCCAACGAGAUGCAGAGAAGCAGCAGGAUGAGCAGGUUGCGGGAAAGAAGCCAGGUACUUCCGGCGAACAGAUUCUCCGAUCCAGUGAUGAAGUCUCCGGAACUGGCGGCCUGGCUCAUGUAUUUCCACAUUUGACAAAUGAAAAACCCUCCUUGUGA